AUGUCUAUGGUCAAGAAAAAGAAUGAUCACUUGGCCUCAUUCUUUGAACUCGUUAGGGAUACACGAAAGGACGAACUGUUUAAUCAAAAGAAACACUUGCUACACUGUGUAAAUGGAGUCUACGAUCUCAAAAAGGGAAAGUUUCACAAGGCAAAGCCAAGUGACUAUUCAAAAAUGUCUACGAAGAUCACCUACCUCGACUAUGAUGAACAUCCUCAGGAGAAAAAAGCACUUGUUGAAAAGUUUUUAAAUGACUUCACACUGGAUAAUGAAGAACAUAAAAAGUUCCUGUUGAAAGCACUGUCCUCGGCUCUAAGCAGCAAUAAUGAAGAUCAGCAGUUUUAUUUCUUUGAUGGGAGUGGCAAUAACGCUAAAUCGACACUCAUUAAAUUAAUGAAGAAGGUACUAGGAGAUUACGGCACUAUGCUACCGACAGCACAAGUACCAAAACCUAACCUCAAUGCUCAGGCUGCUUCUCCAUCCUUGAUGGCGUUGUUGUUCAAACGUGGUGGCUUUUUAACCAAACUGGAGGAAAAAACACUAUACACUGAGUUUUUAAAGAUGACGGCUGGAGGUGAUUCAACAAGCGGUCAACAGUUGCACAACGAACAAAGAGAAAUUGAUCUGUGGGUCAAGAUAUUCAUUGCUGUGAAUGAUCUACUGCAGAUCCUCGAUAAGACUAAUGGCUUUUGGCAAAAGGUCAUAGUUAUCCCAUGUAAUGCUCGUUUUGUUCACAAUCCAGACCCUGAGAAGCCUGAAGAAAGACCACUCGUUGAUGGGUUCACUAAGCAGAUACUUGAUUGUGCCAAUACUUUUCUUGCACUCCUGGUCAAGACUUACAUCACUGAUUACAAAACCGAGGGCGUGAAGAAAAAUGUUCAUCCAGAUGAUAUAUUGGAACGGGUUGAAAAAUACAGAGUAUCUCAGAACAUCCCAUUGCAGUUUAUUAGCAAUAUGAUCGAGCCUGCAGAUGAUACAAAUGCUGUACUCGUGAAGACAUUAGAUAUGUCUUUCACCGAAUUUUGCAAAGAUAAGGCCUUUACAAAGACACCACAACUUGUUAGACAGGUGUAUGAACUCAUGGAUUCAAUGUUCCCACCAUCAAACUCGAAACGACAGAUAUGGAUCGAGAAGAAAAAUCUCAGAGGCUGGAAAGGUGCUAUGUUGAAAAAGGAUGAAGAAAGUGAGGAAGAAAGUGAGGAAGAGAAAGAAGAGAUAGCCAUAUCAUAUGAAGAGGUCGAAAAAGAUUUCCUACAUUCUCGGUGGGCUGGGGCAUGA